CCACACGUUGCGCCCCGCUGGGCGGGCCUGAACCGAGGUAGCGGCGCUAAAAAUGGCUCAUCUGCUCUCUGCUCUCUCUGUUUCUCAGGAGCGGCGGCAUGGAGGCUCUCACCACUCAGCUGGGGCCGGGGCGCGAGGGCAGCUCCUCUCCCAACUCCAAGCAAGAGCUGCAGCCCUAUUCGGGAUCCAGCGCUCUUAAACCCAACCAGGUGGGCGAGACGUCGCUGUACGGGGUGCCCAUCGUGUCGCUGGUCAUUGAUGGGCAGGAGCGCCUGUGCCUAGCCCAGAUCUCCAACACCCUGCUCAAAAACUACAGCUACAAUGAGAUCCACAACCGCCGCGUGGCCCUGGGCAUCACGUGCGUGCAGUGCACGCCGGUGCAGCUGGAGAUCCUGCGUCGGGCCGGGGCCAUGCCCAUCUCCUCUCGCCGUUGCGGCAUGAUCACCAAACGAGAGGCCGAACGCCUGUGCAAAUCAUUCCUGGGUGAGCACAAGCCGCCCAAACUGCCCGAGAACUUCGCCUUUGACGUGGUGCACGAGUGCGCGUGGGGCUCCCGGGGCAGCUUCAUUCCUGCCCGCUACAACAGCUCUCGCGCCAAGUGCAUCAAGUGCGGCUACUGCAGCAUGUAUUUCUCGCCCAACAAGUUCAUCUUCCAUUCGCACCGCACACCCGACGCCAAGUACACUCAGCCCGACGCCGCCAACUUCAACUCGUGGCGUCGGCACCUCAAACUCAGUGACAAGUCGGCCACCGACGAACUGAGCCACGCUUGGGAGGACGUCAAGGCUAUGUUUAAUGGCGGGACGCGCAAGCGGACCUUCUCGCUGCAAGGAGGCGGCGGAGGCGGCGCUAAUAGCGGGUCUGGCGGUGCAGGGAAGGGCGGCGCUGGUGGAGGUGGCGGUGGCGGCCCAGGGUGCGGCGGCGCGGAGAUGGCCCCAGGCCCACCGCCUCACAAAAGUCUGCGCUGCGGGGACGACGAGGUGGCUGGGCCUCCGGGACCACCUCCACCGCAUCCGCAGCGUGCACUAGGCCUGGCGGCCGCCGCUAGCGGCCCUGCAGGACCCGGAGGGCCUGGGGGCAGCGCGGGAGUUCGCAGCUACCCGGUGAUUCCAGUGCCCAGCAAAGGCUUUGGCCUCUUGCAGAAGUUGCCCCCGCCUCUUUUCCCACAUCCUUACGGUUUCCCCACAGCGUUCGGCCUAUGUCCCAAAAAGGACGACCCAGUGUUGGUCACCGGAGAACCCAAAGGCGGCCCUGGCACCGGGAGCGGUGGGGGCGCCGGCACCGCCGCGGGUGCCGGUGGCCCGGGGGCUGGCCACUUGCCCCCGGGAGCAGGGCCAGGCCCUGGCGGCGGCACUAUGUUCUGGGGACAUCAACCUUCCGGCGCAGCCAAGGACGCAGCGGCAGUAGCUGCAGCAGCGGCCGCCGCCACUGUGUACCCGACGUUUCCCAUGUUCUGGCCAGCUGCCGGGAGCCUCCCGGUGCCGCCUUACCCGGCCGCACAGAGCCAAGCCAAGGCCGUAGCGGCCGCGGUGGCUGCUGCUGCUGCGGCGGCGGCGGCGGCGGCUGGCGGCGGCGGCGGCGGCCCGGAGUCUUUGGACGGUGCCGAGGCAGCCAAGGAGGGCAGCCUGGGUACGGAGGAGCGCUGUCCGAGCGCUCUGUCCCGCGGGCCCCUGGAUGAGGACGGCGCGGACGAGGCGCUGCCUCCGACCCUGGCUCCCCUGCCCCCUCCACCACCGCCACCUGCCCGCAAAAGCUCCUACGUGUCGGCCUUCCGACCCGUGGUCAAGGACGCGGAGAGCAUCGCUAAGCUCUACGGCAGCGCGCGGGAGGCCUAUGGCUCCGGGCCUGCUCGUGGGCCAGUGCCGGGCACAGGGACCGGAGGAGGCUACGUGAGCCCGGACUUUCUGAGCGAGGGCAGCUCCAGCUACCAUUCUGCCUCGCCCGACGUGGACACCGCGGACGAACCCGAGGUGGACGUAGAGUCCAACCGCUUCCCCGACGAGGAGGGCGCCCAGGACGACACCGAGCCCAGCGCACCCAGCACGGGAGGUGGCCCAGACGGCGACCAGUCCGCUGGGCCCCCAUCUGUCACAUCCUCAGGCGCAGACGGUCCCACAGACUCUCCUGAUGGCGAUAGCCCUCGCCCCCGCCGCCGCCUCGGGCCACCGCCCGCUGGCAGAUCCGCAUUCGGGGACCUGGUGGCCGAUGACGCGGGGCGGAGAACUGAGAGGAGCCCACCCAGCGGCGGCUAUGAGCUGCGAGAGCCUUGCGGGCCCCUGGGAGGCCCCGCGGCGGCCAAGGUGUAUGCGCCUGAGAGGGAUGAACACGUGAAGAGUGCGGCGGCGGCGGCGGCGGCGGUGGCGCUGGGGCCCGCGGCCUCGUACCUCUGCACCCCGGAGGCCCACGAGCCAGAUAAGGAAGACAAUCACUCGACUACAGCCGACGACUUGGAAACUAGGAAAUCCUUUUCUGACCAAAGGAGUGUCUCCCAGCCAAGCCCUGCAAAUACAGAUCGAGGUGAAGAUGGGCUCACUUUGGAUGUCACAGGAACUCACCUGGUGGAGAAAGACAUUGAAAACCUGGCCAGAGAAGAAUUGCAGAAAUUGCUUCUGGAGCAAAUGGAGCUUCGCAAGAAGCUGGAGCGGGAGUUCCAGAGUCUCAAAGAUAAUUUUCAGGAUCAAAUGAAGAGGGAAUUGGCUUAUCGGGAAGAAAUGGUACAACAGCUGCAAAUUGUCAGAGAUACCUUGUGUAACGAACUGGACCAGGAGAGGAAAGCUCGCUAUGCCAUCCAGCAGAAAUUAAAAGAAGCUCACGACGCCCUCCACCACUUCUCCUGCAAGAUGCUGACACCCCGGCACUGCACCGGCAACUGCUCCUUCAAGCCCCCGCUGUUGCCCUAGCGCCGGCUUGGCCGCGCCCACGCGCCCUCAAGCCAUGCUGCUCCUUUCUGUAAAUACCCGCUGCCGUGGCGGCCCAGAGCGAGGAACAAGCCAUUAGGACCCGACCGUUGUAAAUACAGCCGCCCGCCCGCCCGCCCUCCCGCCGGCCCCCAUCCACUGUAAAUACUGCCUCGCCCCUCCUUUGAACUCCAGGGCAUCAAACCUCAAGGGGUAAACUGGACUCACCGCGGGUGAAGAAACGGUAGAGGGGAGACCUCUUUCACACACACCCCACUCGGGCCUGAGUAGGUCCUGGGACACGGAUUGUAAAUAUAAUGUAGCAUCUUCGCCGGCUGCAGCCGCGCACUCCCAGUCCGGUCCACUUCUGAAACUCUUGUUCCUAACGACAACGUGGCUAUGUGCAAUGGAUAUACACGGACUGUAGGUCUCUUGGUUCAGUAUUAGGGUCACUUUAUUUAUGCUGUAAGUUAUUUUACUUCCCCCGGGCCCCUUUCCAGUCCUCAUUUUGCCUUCAUGCCUCUUUGGAUUUUGCUUUGUGUGUUGUUUUUUUUUUGUUGUUGUUGUUGUUGUUGUGUAACGUAACAGCACUUUAAAAGGGCGACAACUGACUCGACGAGAUGGAGACCAUCUUGAGCCUAUUCGGGGAGACCUGUAUCCGUGACUUUUGUUUUUAAUAAAAAGAAAAAAAAAAUCUGUCACUCCUUGGG